UCCAUUACACACGUGGCAGCCUGCAAGAACCCCCCACCCUGAAAAAUCUACCAUCUAAGAACUUGCUGCUCAACUGGGUAAAACGGGAUUUCUUCAAUUCAUCUGCAGAUUGAUUCGAAUCGCAGAACCUGCGGUACUAAGAAGAGACAGAGAGUUGUUGAGAUUAUGAAGUGUGUGGAGAUGAAAUUGUAAGAACAGUCUUUAAGGAAAAAGAAAGAGACAAAAAAUGAAGGGGUUGGUGCUUCAUACACCUUUCAUUGCCAGUGGGAAAAAGCUUCCUUUGUUAGCUCUGGUAGACGCACUACCAUCCUCUGCCAGCAUUUGUAGAAAGAACAUCUCACCCUCGCCCUCGUUAAGAUGUAGAGGAAUAUCAAGGCCGAGCUUGGCAUGUGGCAUGGUCAGAGCCCAAGCAUCAAAUGUUAGCAUCGGAUCUGAGGGGUAUGACGGCCGGGGGGAAGAGGACAACAAAAAGAUAUUCUCCAAUGGUCCACCCAAUGAUAAUUCAUCUGAAAUUGAGAGGCAUCAAAAUCGAAUACCUUAUCCUCUCUCUAUAGCUCUUGUGCUAUUUGGAUGUGGUUUAGUGUUUGCACUGGUUGCAUUUGUGAAAGGAGGACCUUCAUCACUUUUAGCAGCAAUUUCAAAGUCUGGAUUCACUGCUGCAUUCAUGUUGAUAUUUGUGUCUGAAAUUGGAGACAAGACAUUCUUCAUUGCGGCGCUCUUGGCCAUGCAAUACGACAAAGGACUGGUUUUGUUCGGUUCAGUUGGUGCUCUUGCACUUAUGACAGUUCUAUCAGUUGUAAUUGGACUGAUAUUCCAUUCAGUGCCUGCUCAAUUUAAGACCACAUUGCCAAUUGGAGAAUAUGCAGCGGUAGCUCUUUUGUUAUUCUUUGGCCUUAAAUCUAUUAAAGAUGCAUGGGACCUUCCUGCAAAUGCAGUUCAAAGUGGUGACAAGAGCAGCCCUGAACUCGAUGAAUAUGUUGAAGCUGAGGUGCUUGUGAAAAAAAAGGUGUCAAAACGGCUCUCUAAUCCGCUUGAAAUUGUCUGGAAGUCAUUCAGCCUUGUAUUCUUUGCUGAAUGGGGAGACCGCUCUAUGCUUGCAACAAUUGCUCUUGGUGCCGCACAGUCCCCAUGGGGUGUGGCAGGUGGAGCCAUCGCGGGACACCUAAUUGCAACGUCUAUGGCUAUUCUAGGUGGUGCCUUUCUCGCUAACUACAUUUCUGAAAAGAUGGUUGGCUAUUUGGGUGGAGUACUUUUCCUAGUUUUUGCUGCAGCCACACUUUUCGGAGUAUUCUGAUGAAGUAUUUGGAAGCCACGAUAGAGGGAAAUGGGAGAGAGACGGAGAGUUCUUAGCUCAACCAGAGUGGAACACCGCAAUACGCAGAGACCAUGCAAAACAAUGCAUAUAUUAUUAUUCUCAGCAAGGCUCAACGUUGAUGGUUUGGCUUGUUAGGGAGGUGUUUGUAAGAUGAUCAUGAUCUUGAGAAUUCCGGGUGAUGUUAGAAAGACCAUUUUGUACUGAGAUUUCUUUUUUCGGACCCCCAGCAUCGGUAAAAUCCAACGAAUGAGGAGCCGCUGGUCUUCUCCAUCAUUUUUUCAUUGCCUUGGUAGCUAUUAUAAAAUGACAGAACCUAUUAAUGUUAUAAAUCGUGAAAAAUAUUAUUUAUUAUCUUUUAUAAUUA